AUGGCAAUGGAUGCAUCCCUCAUCAAGACAAUCAACAAGCUCCAGGAUGCCUUCUCAACCGUCGGCGUCCACAACCCCAUCGACCUUCCUCAGAUUGUUGUCAUCGGCUCACAGUCCUCAGGAAAGAGUUCCGUCCUCGAAAACAUCGUCGGUCGCGACUUUCUCCCUCGAGGCUCUGGCAUCGUCACUCGUCGACCCUUGGUUUUGCAGCUGAUCAAUCGCACUUCUUCGGCCACGGCCACGGCCUCGCCCACAGCUUCUACUCAACGUCGCGACCCUCAUUCUGUGACCAACUCUGGAUCGGAUGAGUCCCUUCCUAACUACAGCGACGACGAAACAGGCAAGUUCUUUUUUUUUUGA